GCUUGAUGAAGCUAUCCAGCUUAAUACACUGAACAGCUCAAUAGGCAUCAGCAUCACCAUAAUCACCGUCGCUUCGAUUACCGAUAAAGACAUGUUUCCCUAACCAAACUUCGGCAUCGUCGACGCUGAGCCCCUCGACGGCUAAAUCCAAGCUGUUACAACACAACGACACGCUGACACAACUCGGAGGUUCCAUCCAUCGAAUUGUUGUCUAUUAGUAUCAAUACAAUGGCCCCAUCAGUGAAGAGAGAGGACCUCAUAGUUCCAUACAUCCAUGUUUCACCGGCUAGCGAUCCAACCGCCGCCACAAAUGUUGUGUCUCAGUCCAUGCCAAUGGCGGCCAUGAUGAUGAAGAACAAGCUUCUUUCCUGGUUUACCAUCUUCAGUGCUGUUGGUGCCGUGCUGGCCUCAUCCCAUGGUGCUAAGACACCAGAGGGAUCUCAAUCACCAUUCCUACAGUUACUCAUGGCUGUUGUCGGUGCUGCUGUUUGCUACUUGGAUCUUUUGUAUCCAUCGUUUGGCGGAAUCAUGCCAAAGCCAGCGUCGCAGGCUGCAAAGACUGCUACUGAGGUAGUAGCAGCAACUGCAACAGCAGUAGCAGAAGCAGCAGCAGGUACAGCUUGAGGUGUGUUUUAUUUCUCACUUUUCUAUCGAUGUGUUCCUAUAGUGCUUAUGUCAUGUCUUGUUUUGUUUGUUUAAUGGUGCCACUAAAUAGUCAACAAGGUUCUAAAGGUAAACGUACUCAUUCAGUGCCGAUAUCCUCGUUCCACUCUUCAGGCUUCUCCUUGAUGAACUGUGCCAUCAGGUCCUUACACUGUUGGUUAUCCAUGUUGAUGACCUCAACACCUCUCUGUCUCAAGUAGUCCUCCCCACCGACAAAGGUGUCAUUCUCACCCAUGACCACCCUCUUGAUACCGUACAUGAUGAUGGCACCUGUGCACAUGUCACAAGGGGAAAGUGUGGUGUACAUGGUACAGCUCUUGUAGACGUUGCCUUUAAGUCUACCAGCAUUUUCGAGAGUAGAGAUCUCACCAUGGAGUGUUGCGGAGCCCUUUUGAAUUCUCAUGUU